CAACGGAUCUAGAAGCAUGAGCCACACAUCGCGUGGUCAAAGCGUCCUCCGAGUGGCGCCUCUAAUACCAAGUGACCGUGGUCACGGUUGCCACACUACCUCUUCCAUCCCCCACUUGCGACCUACCAUCUACAUAAUGGACGCUACUGCUCUCAAGCGCCCCAAACUCCAACAGCUGGCGAGGAUGCACAACAUCAAGGCCAACUUGAAGAACGGUGCGAUUAUUGAACAACUACGGAAGCGUCGCCCGGGAAGCGAAGGAUUCAACAUUGCAAGCCCACCAAACGGACAGAACUCCGAAACACGCGCGUCUCUAGCCAAAGACCCCGCACCGGCUGAGCCGCGGACACGUCUAUCCUCUUCGCCAACAGCAGCAAAUGGUACGCAGCCUGCUUCAAACCCUGGUGACCCGCGCCACGCGCAGACGCCACUCCCGCAAGGCGAGUCGGAGACUGGCCGAAACGGUGUUGUCGACAACGGUCUGUCUGUCAAUGGUCACGUCAACUCGUCGAUGGCUGCGCACGCCAGCAGCCCGGCGUCCCAACAGGCUCCUGGGCCGAGUGGCGAGGCCCCCGCCGUUGACGUCCAGCCACCAAACGUCGAACGAGUCAAUGGUGGCACGACAAGGUCUGGCACAAUCGAAGGAGAAGCCGGAGGCGCACAGCAUCUGACCGAGGCACAGCGAGCGCGAUAUGCGGCUAGACAGCGCAAGGAAGUUGAGCGGCAGCGAGAAGCCUAUAGGGACGCCGCCCGGCGCCGUCGCCGCGAGGACCAGAAAGCGCGACAUCGCUAUGAAAACGCGGCCUUGACAGGAUUCGCGGAGCAGCACGAGGUGAUCUACAGCGUCCGCCUGCUACGUAAGGCGCACAACAACGCGGAGCACGAGUGGGAUGCGCUCGAGUCGAUGCAGGAGAAAGUGCAGGGGGUGCUCGCCUCGUCGCGCACGCACAUCCGGACGGCCACGAUGACGCACGCGAGCACGGACCGAUUCAGGACGUUCUUCUCGUACUACCACCCGGUCCCGGGGAAGUGGAACCCUGCAGACUUCUGGGGAGAGGAGCCCGAGAAGCGGACGUGGCGGUAUUUCCGAACGGGAGAUGAAGACGGUGUAGCCGAGGAGCCUGAGGGACAUGGGAGGUUGCCUACAUACGUUCCUCCACGACGGCCCACCGACGUGGCCACCGAGAUCUGCAAAUGUCCGAUGCCUGCCGGAGACAGGAAGAUGAAGGGACUCAAGCGACUGAAUGUUGUCGUGCCCAAUAAGCUGGCGCAGCGGUUCUUCGAUAGCUUGCGCGUCGGCUGGGAUGUCGACUACAUGAACAAACGCUUGUGGCCAGAGUCGGAGGACGAGGGAGACGACGAGACAGAAGAGUCAACGGAUCAGCCUCCGAAGACGAGGAAGCGCAAGGCCGGUCAUGACGAAGAGGAGGGUGGAUCGACAUUGGAGGGCGAAACGGAGGAGCCAGCCAAUCAGCCCCCGAAGAAGAAGUUGCGCAAGGCCGGUCCCCAGGAAGAGGGGGACAAGGAGGCGCCGAACAAGGGGAAAGGGAAGGCGAAGAACAAAGGCAAGAAAAAGACGUCGAAGAAAGGCAAGGAGAAGGCGCAUACCGAGGAUCAUGAAGAGGCAGACGAAGGUUCUGCGGAUGCGGACGACGUUGAGGGUGUCGACGAUGCUGAGGAAAACCGGCUACCUCUGUAUCGCGGCGAGCGGUACCAGCGCAUGAUCCCGACCCGGGCGGCACUCUGGCAGAUCACAGACAACGAACGCAUUGCCGCUGAGGGUGCGCGUAAACCCCCAUUCGUGCGUAUCUGCGCGUUCAGCGGGAGGGAAUUGGCAUCAGUCCUGCUUCAAAUCAACAUACGUCGCCUUCAUAGCAAGUCUUGCCCCCUCGCAUUUUUGCCGUUCGAACUGAACUGCGUGGGCACUCUUUUGAACCCUCUCGUUUCCACCGUGGUCGCUGGGUACCUGACUUUUGAAGGCGAGGUAAUUCCAUUCGGCUCCAGGAGACACGCUGUGCGGAGCAACGCAACGCCUGGAACGGGUCAGCUCGCCGCCGCCGUCGCAAAUACAUCUGCUCAUCCUGCUCCAGUCGUUGGCCCAGUAGGCGAUACCGCGGCUAGCGUAUAUCAACCUAGCAACAUUGCUCCGGGAACGGGUCCGAGUGGUGAUGCUCCAGGUGUCGCUGGCGCCGCCCGGCAGUCCCAACCUGUUCGCUUGUUGAGGAACGCGGAUGCAAUCGGCGCUGCGAUCAUUCUGGGCCCAGAUUUUCUUCCUACCGUCCCCAUUGCAGAGGGAUCACCCUUCCCCCAGGGCUAUUCGGGUGAAUGGGCUUCCGCCUGCAUUCCCGGUGCGCACUGGACAGCCACUUUCAAGGCGAUCGACGCGAUGGUCUCCAAUGGAUAUACGCCGCUGGCCGACUUUCACCACAUAUUCCUUGACCUCCUGGUAGCCAGUAUUCUGUACCUGGGAGGCAGGGAACCGACAAUUGCCCAGCAAGUCAGCAGAUACCAAGCGGGACCGAGUCAGCCGACGAGGAAUAAUGACGACGGUGCCGCUGACCGCCCCGCACUCUCGGACUUUAUAUUCGCUAAAGUGAAGAACAAUCCGGCAUUUCCGCUAGAGUGUGCCAAAGCUGUGCUCCAGCCAGACUUGCGCGCGAGGACAUACGAUAGGAUCGAGCGCCCGCAAGAGCUCAUAGCGCGUUAUAGCGUGGUGCACACAGGCGAGGGCCUUGUCCCGCGGACGAUCGUCUUACAAGAUAAGGAUCCAAUCAAGGAUUUCCUGAUGCCCUGCGAGCAGGUACUGGCUUGCGUGCGGUACUCCGGAUACCCUGACAAGCUACCAACGGGCAUUCCCCAGCAAGGCACGCCAGGCGCUCCUAACGCUAUGCAAGUCAACGGUGCCCAGCCAGUUGGCGCGGUUCAGCAAGUCAAUGGGGCUCAGCAAUCCGAAGGGGCUCAGCAGGUCGAUGACGAUGCCAUGCAGGUCGACGACGCCGCGACAGAUGAUAGCGACGAGCCCAUUUCUGGGGUUGCAGCCCGGAUAGUUAACGCCGACCGGUCCUACGACCGGGAUGGCGCCGCUGAGGCGUUGCGGUACAUGAACGCUAGCGCGCGCGCUUCAGCACGCGACAACACCAACUCGCCUGUCACGCCGCGCAACCCCGGUUGGCAACCUGGGAUGCCUGGACUUCGUUUCGAAGAACAUACCGCGUCAUCACCUCUACCGCCCCCCGAUUUCACGCAGGAUGGCAUGGACUCCGUCGCUGGCGAUGGAGACUCGGCGCAACCUUCGGGGCUCCAUGGCGAUGUUGAGGACGGAGUGAGUGGACCUUCAGGUAGCGAGGACGCGGACGUUGUCGCGGAGGCACCAGGAGUCGCGAUGCCGGCGCGUAGUCUUCCAUUCUCGCCGAUCCCGGAGGCAAGUGAAGACGAGGAUCAGGUAGCGGAGGAAAACAUCGAGACGAUGCUCGUCGCGAAGUCCAUGAGCUUUGAGAGGAAGCCUGCCAACGUCGUCGGCGAACACUCUGACGCGCAGGUCCCGCCGCAGCCGACAUCGCCUCCGCGGAGGGUCACUCGCUCGCGUAGUCGUCCGUUAGGUCCUGGCCCCCUUCCGAGGAGAACGGUUCCUAGGCGUGGAGCUACUGGGUCUCGUCGGGGCAGGGUCGGAAAGUGAAGCUGUUGAAAGAGUUUAGAAUGUUAGAUAGGUUUCCGGCUCGCUCGUGAGUAGUACGCAUACCCAGCAUACCCAGUUCCAUGUGAUCCGGUGUUGUAUAUACUGUUGUCUAAUACUUCUUUUAUAUACCCUUGAUACCAUUC